AGCAGCGUCUCCUUCCAGCUGUGUUGUGAGAGCCACGUGCCAGAACAGCCACGUCGGGAGCCAGGAAUCUCUCCAGCCGACCAGGACUGAAUCCCUGCGCUGGGUGUAGCGAGAAAGGUGCCCGCGUGUCUUGCCAAGACGAGAGAAAAGAAUGGACCCCGCUGGGACGAAACCGUGGUUGGAGGUUAAUCCUGAGAUCCCUGGAAGCCCCAAGAGCAGAGCGCAGCCAGGUAAUGGCCGUAGCUUCAGGCUCAGGAAACGUGCUGCGUGUACAGUCGCAGCGAGCGUUGUACUUGUCCUUCUGGUUGUUGCUGUUGUUGCUCUGGCAGUGCUGGUACUUAAAGCACAGCCCCAGUUCAUGGCCUGGUGCCCAGACGGCUGGAUCGGAUACCAAGGGAAAUGCUACUAUUUCUCCGAGACGGAAGAGAACUGGAACAACAGCCAGAGACGCUGCUCUGCGCUCGGUGCUUCCCUGGCUAGGAUUGACAGCGAGCAGGACCUGGCUUUCAUGAUGCAAUACAAAGGCGUCUCCGAGCACUGGAUCGGCCUCUGGAGAGAGCAGAUGGGGCAGCCCUGGAAAUGGGUGAAUGGCUCUGAUCUGAACAUCCCGCUUCUAAUAAGGGGAGGAGGUAACUGCGUGUACCUGAAUAACAACAGCAUUAACUCUUCAAGCUGCAGAGCUGGGAGAAAUUGGGUCUGCAGCAAACCCAAUGCGUAUACAGUCAGAAAAGUGCUUUAAAAACCUUGACAAAGAGAAACUGCCUCUUGCACAACUUGUCUACAGCCCAGUUUAUAAACAAGGGCUGAAGAAUAAAAUAGCAACAUUUCCAGUGGAUGCUGGAUUAUUAGGUUAAUCAAACUGAAAAACAACAGGAGGAAACUUCAGCAGGAUCUGGCCACAUGAGAGGAAUGGGCCACCCACCGACAAAUGAAAUACAGUGUGACAAAUACAGAUAGGGUCCAGCAGAGGAAGAAUUAGGCAUUACUCAUCCAUCUUCCUAAGUCCAAAUGCAAUUGCAACAGCUCAGGAGAAAGAGCCGGGGUGAACUGCUGAUCCCACUGAAAUCUAUGCGCAUUUUCCCAUUCAGUUCAAGGAGCGUCAAUUCCAGGGUGUCAUUGUAGAUCUCCCAGUGCAGACCUCGGCUGAGUGUGCAGCAACUGACAACAAAGCAAACAAGAUGUUGGGGUAUAUUAGGAACACACUAGGUGAUGAUACAGAAAAUGCUCUGAUGUCAUAUGAACCAAAGGGACACCUGAUGCAGAACACCGUGUGCAGUACGGGUCACCUGUCUCCAAAAGGACGCUGCAGAGCUAGAGGAGGUUCAGAGACUGGUAAGAAGAAUGAUGGGAGGCCAGGUGGGACUUUUAUGGGUUGAGAUUGGAGCUGUUCUUGUCGGAGAAUAAGGGGACGUGAACAAGGGGAGAAAAACAAAGACUGGGAUGGGGAAGAUGGAUUGGGGUGCUGCUAUUCAAUCCAUGUCUUCAUACAACAACAAUGGGAACACUUAACAAAAUUGAAAAUCAGCAAAUUUGAAAGUGAUCAAAGGACCUAUGUUUUUGCACAACACACAAUUAGCCUGUGGAACUCACUGCUACAAGAUGUCGUUGAAGCCAAGAGCUUGGCGGGAUUUGUUUUUUAAAGGACUGGGGCAUUAGAUACUGUUGUUCAUACAAAAGAGGAAAUGAACAGGAGUUUGGGAAGGGAUCCAAACCUCCUCUCUUCGGGGCAUGAACCACCAUCUAAGUAAUGAAGAUCAGGAGGAAACUUCUCCAUUUGGUUGGUUAUUCCAUCACUGUCCACUAGGGGGUCUCUUGACCUGUGUUCUGAAGCCGCUGGUGUGGGCCAGAAAUGCACUACUACACCUCCUGAAUUCGUCUUGCAGUUACUAUGUAAAUUGCCUCUACCCCAGUGACCUCGCCCUUUAAUAACCCAUGGCUCUUCCUGAGCCAAAGACGAGUCCUGCAGCUUUUAGAAAUGAAUUCUUGUUAGUUUUGCUUCCUGGGGCAGGACACACCCACACACCCACCCCGGGCUGUGUGGAUUUUUGCCAAGCAGUGCAGCUGGAUAGCAGCAGAUGUUCAGGAUAUCCUGAACCAACCUUCCA